AUGACCUCAGCUGAAGCCGUCAACGCACCUCAGUCUGUUGACCCUCCUGCCAAGCGAGUCAAGACCGCCUCCGACGACGCACCCGUCCCCGCCGCCAUGGAGCCCUGCCCGCCUCUCCAAGUCAAGAAGCUCUCUGACAAGGCUCGCCUGCCUACCCGCGGCAGCCUCUUCGCCGCCGGCUACGACCUGUACGCCGCGAAGCCGACCACCAUCCCGGCCCGUGGCAAGGCCCUCGUCAGCACCGACAUUGCCAUCUCCGUCCCCGCCGGCACCUAUGGCCGUAUCGCUCCCCGUUCCGGCCUCGCCUCCAAGAACUUCAUUGACACCGGCGCCGGCGUCAUUGAUGCCGACUACCGUGGCGAGGUGAAGGUCCUCCUCUUCAACCACGCCGACACCGACUUUGAGGUUGCCGAGGGCGACCGUAUCGCCCAGCUCAUCGUCGAGCGCAUCUUCACCCCCGAGAUUGUCGAGGUCCAGGAGCUCGAGGAGAGCGUCCGUGGCGCCGGCGGCUUCGGCAGCACUGGUGUUGCUCUUACUCAGUAG